CUUCUUUCUUUCUUUCUUUCUUUCUUUCUUUCUUACUAUCCUUUCUUACCCUUUCUUUUUUCUUUCACGAUAAACAGCUAUCGCCAUACUCGUAGUAAUUCGGCUACGUCGAAGAUAUGUUCGUAGAGCUGUCACCGCGUUCGUUCGUCGUUCGACGACGACAGUACACGAUCAGACCCGAUCGGUGAAAAUCGAAGCUGGCACGCGCGUACACGCGACGUACACGCGAACGUCUUGCCCGAUGCAUCGAGAAAGCCGUUUUAUCUGUCGUUGCUACGGAGACAACGACAAUGAUGGCAGUUACGAAGGCAACAACAGCGAGACGCACCGCACUGCUUGCACACACGCAACCCUGAUGCAGUACGCACGCACGCAGCAAAUGGUCCGUCGAAGAGGGACAAACGCGAAAACAAAAUGGUCGCCGCUUCAGGCCCCGUUUAUCGACACGUACGGAACCAAUUCCAUGAGUGAAACCGGUUUGGAACUAGUUUUCUUCGGUUUUUCGGCCCUCCCCCCGCAAGAUCCUGUCGCAUACGACUCGAGCACGAGUCGCAUUCGUGUACGGAAUCUCUCUCGGACGUGUGCAAAGUUUCGCGGAGGUCACACGGUCUAACCUUAGAAAUGGCAGACGACGAGAAAGAACAGAGAGGUCCGAACGUCGAUGGAAAUCAAAUGGAAAUCAAAAUAGAACCAACAUUGCAAUGUUACGUCGAGGAGGAACAUGAAAAUAGUUUCUCAAGUUUCGAAGGUAACGGCGCGAUACCCUCUACCGCGGACGUUGGUGCUUUGAAUCUAUGGACUAGCAAGGCUACCACCUGUCUCAUCAGUCAAUAUAAAAAAUAUCGGUCGAUGGUAGGACAAUCGACGCAGAUCAGAAGUUUACGGGAAAUGUUUGAGAUGAUAUCUCUCGAGAUGCAAAAUUACGGCUUUUAUUUUAGCCCUCAAAAGUGUGAGAACAAGUGGCGUGUCUUAGAACGUAAGUACAAAAAUUUGGUCUUUCGGGAACGAUUGAAAAAACCUGGAAGGAUGAGACACUAUGGUCAUUGGGAACAUAAGAGAGCCCUCGAUGAAAUAUUCAAUGAGAAAGAGAGGCAUGUGUAUUUCGAAGAAAACGAUUUUCCACCGCCGACAGGAUCAGUUAAAUAUUCGAUGAUUGUACCAAAAACAACUACGGAACAAGCCACGAGCUCCUCCAAUUCUAAUAACAAUCAAAAUAAUGAUCCAUUGGCUACGUUAAUCUCGAACGCAAUACCGGAAAAACAAAGGGAAGAAUCAGACUACAAGAUUACUUUGACGACACUAUUUGAAAGGUUUUUGGACGAAAUGGGAAAGAACUUUGCACUGGCUGAACGAAACAAGGAGAAACGGCAUAAGGAGGAAAUGGCAAUGCGCCAGAACGAGUUGGAAGUAAAAAGAAGAUUGUUGAAAUUGAAAGAACAAAAGAUAGAAUUACAAAAGUGUCAAAUGAUCGCUGCUGCUCAACAUUUUCAUUUUAACAAGCAGUAAUCUUGUAUAUUGAAUUUUUUGUUCCAUUGUCGUUUUCUUUGUUAAUUUUUUUAAAGAAUUGCCUCGAAAGUCAUUUUUUAUAUUUUUCAUAAAAAGAUCGGAUACAGACUUUGAUAUUUGGUUAUUACAAAUGUUAAUAGAAUGAAGUGAUCGAAGAGAGCGAGCAAAAGAUCUUAAUAUAUGGCGAUUAUAUUUAUGAUAAAAUGAAUACAUAAUAAAAUAUUUGUUACUACGAAGACAAUCGGUCCAAUUCCUACGAGGAAGUUAAUAAGACACAAAUACAGAUGCAUUAUUAAAAUUAUAAGCGUGUGGAAAGAGAUAACGUAAAGUCGUCAAGGUAACAUUGAAAAACAACUGAUAAAAAGAUGAGGUAAAACGAUUGAAUUUCAGUAUAGAUAAGGUCAAAAGAGUAAUGUAAAUUGUAGAAUUCAUAAAUUUCAAUAUUGCAUUCU